AAUUCUUGUCUGUCUGAAGAUGAGCGAACGUGCGAAUCGUUAUCCGUGGUCUUAGUUCGGCCAGGCAGUGAUCUUUUCGGUUGUUCGUCGAUGAAUUAAUCAGGAAAAUGUAUAUCAAACAAGUUGUUCUCGAUGCUUUCAAAUCCUACGCCAAUCGUACUGUUAUACCCGACUUCGAUCGAGAGUUCAACGCUAUCACUGGUCUCAAUGGAACUGGGAAAUCGAACAUCCUCGAUGCUAUAUGUUUCGUUCUCGGGAUAUCCAACUUAACUCAGAUCCGAGCGGGUAAUCUUCAAGAUCUCAUUUACAUGCGUGGACAAGGAAAAGCUCAAACUGCGAGCGUUUCCAUUACGUUCGAUAAUACAGACAAAAGCGCAUCACCGGUGGGAUAUGAAGAUGUUGAUUCUAUCACGAUUACCCGCCAGGUUGUGUUGGAUGGGAAAAGUCGAUAUCUGGUGCAAGGACUUUUUAUGUCCAACACUCAAGUACACGAUUUGUUCAGAUCCGUUAAUUUAAACGUGAACAAUCCUACGUUUCUGAUUAUGCAAGGGAAAAUUGCGAAGAUGCUGGAUGCGAAACCGGCCGAAAUAUUGGGAAUGAUAGAAGAAGCUGCAGGUACGAAAAUGUACGAGCAUAAGAAAUUGGCAGCUUUGAAUACAAUCGACAAAAAGGAGGUCAAAUUGCAAGAAAUUGAGCACCUACUGAGAGAUAACAUAAACCCGACUUUGGAAAGACUGGAGAAGGAUCGGCGGAAUUAUGCAGAGUAUGAAGAUAUUCAAAAGUCUGUGGCCAGUCACAGACAGGCGUACUUGAUGCAUGUUUACCAUGAGACUCUCGAAGCCUUCCAGAAAACCGAAGCAACCCGAGAAAAUGUGAAGAAGAAAAUUGAAGCUCUGCAGUCGUCGAUUUCUUCUGAAGAGGGAGAGAUCGUUCGAUUGGAUAAACUCAUUUGUGAAAUCGAAACAAAGCAGUUAUUGGUACCAAGAAAUGAGCUCAACAGCUUGAUGGGAGCCAUGUCUGGUUUGAGCAAGUCUCUGGAAGUGGCCCGCUCAGAUCUUAAAAUGGGACACGACUCCAUAAAGGAAUUGGACAAGAAGUUACGAACGUUUGAGAAAAACUUGGAGUCCGAGAAAACAAGCUUAAAUGCGCAGUUGAAAUCGCAUGAAAACCGAGACAGAACAUGGGAAGCCCUCAAAGCUGAGCGCGAUGCUGAUCAAGAGGCAUUGCAAAGAGCGACUUUGAAAGUAGAAAAUGCAUCCAAGGGUAUUAUUGCAGGAGAUGAAACUUCGUUGCGAACUCAGCUUGAUGGUAAUGCAGCCGAACUGAAACGCUUCAACUUCGAUGCAUCCGAAGGCUCCAAAGAACAAGACGAAGUCCAGAAUCUUGGACGGGAGCUACAGGAAAUUAAGGACUCCCUGAAGACUUUUGACGAGAGAAAUCCGAGGCUGGCUUUUGGAUAUCGUGAUCCAUUCCCUGGGUUCGAUCGAUCAAAGGUCUUCGGUAUCGUUGCAAAGCUGUUCACGGUGAAGGAUCCCAUGUUUCGUACGGCAAUUGAGGUCGCUGCUGGAGGCAGGCUGUACAACGUGGUUGUGGAUACGGAAUCCACGAGUCGCGCCAUCUUGGAGAAUAAGUGCGUCCAGCGACGAGUAACCUUCAUUCCGUUGGACAAGAUCCAUAGCUCCAUGAUUGAUGACCGUACUCUGCGAACAGCCCGAGCGCUCAUUGGCACGGAUCGCGUUUGGCGGGCGUUGGAACUCAUUGAGUGCGAACCGAGAUUCGAAAGGGCUAUGAGGUGGAUUUUCGGGGGACAAUUGAUCUGUAUGAGCACGGACGCUGCCGAAAAAUUGGCGAAUCAUCCGCAAGUUGCCAGACGAUGUGUAACAAUUGAUGGAGAUUCGUUCGACCCUCGGGGUGCCAGAGACAAAGCGGAAGAAGUUUUGGAAGAAACGGAGAAGUACAUCAAGCUUGAAAAUAAAGCUAAACGUCUGAUGGAAGAGUUGCAGAUGAGAAAUAGAUCGAUGAUUUCACCAAAUACAGCCUCUAAAUGCCGAAAGCUGAAAGAAAAGCUGGACAUGAAGCGUUACGAAUUUUCAGCGCUCGAACAGCGCUUAGCAUUCUCGGAUCAUCAGAAGCUAUUGAAAGAAAUUGAAGAACUGAAAAGCAAACAAGGUCAGUCGGAAUUACAUGGACGAAGCCAAGAAAGAACUAGUGGAGAUGCACAAGACCAUGAGGCAUAUGUGGAUGCUGUGAACAAGGAAAUUAGUGAUCUUGAUAAACAAAUUCAGGAUAUAAAGACGGAGAUCCAGAAUCGUCAAGCACAGCUUCCGGAAAAAGAAAAACGCUUCCAAGAAGCUUCGGAUGUUGUCGACCAACAAAAUCAAGAGAUGAAGAAGGUCAAGGAAAAAAUUGCCACUGCAGAUGCUGCGUUGAAUACGGCAAAAGCAGACCGGAAAGGCACAUGGGAUAAUUCCAAUGCAUUGAAGCUGAAUUUGCAGAAGUUGGAGCACGACUUCCAGAAAAUUGAAGAAACCGCUAGUCACGCGGAAGGAAAG